CGGUGGCUUUACAGCUCCGCCACCCACCCCCGCCCCUGCCCCGCCCCCACAGGCUCAGCCUUGGCCUACUCUUCCCACCCACCGGGCACGGCGUCGUGCCCCGCGGCGGGGCCGCCCGCGGGAGGGGAGGGUGAGCGGAGGGCGUCCGGGAGUUACGGCGUCACGGCCCUGGAGAGGCAGCGGGAGAGGGAGGAGAAGCGACGGAGGAGGCAGAUGAGGCAGCACGAGCGGGAGAGGAGGCAGAAGGAGCGUCGCCGCCGCGCUCCACGUGACAGUGACGUGCUGCUGCGUGGCGUCCUGCUGAGCGAGGGCGACAAGAGCCUGCUGCAGCGGUGGACUCGCCUCAAGGAGCGCAGCGCCAACACCGCCAACACCGGCGGCACCGGCAACAUCGCCAACACCGGCACCGCCAACGCCGGCACCACCGCCGGCACCGCCAACGCCGGCACCGCCACGGCGGCGGAAUCGGCCCCGGUGGCCCCGUUUCCCACGGGGCCACCGGGGCCACCGGGGCCACCGGGGCCCUGCCUUGAGGCCGCCGGUUCGGCACCGGCGGCGGCACCGGCGGCCGCCCCCGGGCCCGCCGCGCGGGGGCCCCCGGCGGCGCCCGACGUCGUGGGGCCGGUGGCCCCGGUGCCGGUGGCCCCGGUGCCGGUGGCCGUGGCCGCGGCCUCGGCCAGCGGCAGCUUCAGCUUCAGCUUCUUCAACUUCUUCUUCUUCAACUUCUUCUUCAACUUCUGCUGCUGCUUCUUCUGCUUCUAG